AUGGUUGAUUAUCCUCGUGCCGGUCGAGCUGAGGACGUGGUUCGCUUUGAAUGCCGUUUUCUAUGCGUUAAGAUCACAAUGUGGGCACUUUUUGUCAUUGAGCUACUCUUUCUGAUUGGCUCCCUACUUUACAACACGAGCAAUAGUACCGUCGGAAAUUGGCUCAUCUUUGCUGACCGUGCCAUCUCCUUUGCUUUGAUGCUUGGCGCUCUUCGGGAGAAUUUUGUGAUGGCUCGCGCUCUUUUCUUCUAUACGCUUCUCUCUGCUGCAGCGACGUUUGUCUACUACUUUUGGAUAGCUUUGUGUUUUAUGGGUGUUUCGACCUGGUGCGGGUAUCUUCCAAAAGAAAUGGUGCUUCCAAAUGAUGCACCAGUUGCAAAGAUCGUCAUUUCCAUCUGUCUGCUCGUCUACAUUUGUGCUACAGCACUGGUCCUCUGGUUGUUCUGGAUUUAUGGCAGCUACUUAAAGGCCAAAUUCGAGCAUUUUGACAUUGAAUUUGGCAACAAAGGAACAUAUAAGCAGGACGAGAUUGCCUUGAUGGGACUAUUGAAUCCUUCGACUUCUUCGGCCGAGCAAGCAAAACGUGCGCCCUAUGCCGGAUCAAACGUUUAU